CACACAUUGUACACACAGACAGAUAUAUAAUAUAUACUCGCACACACACACAGGCAAGCGCGCGAGAGAGUCUCGAAGAAAUAGCGUGCCUCUGCCUCUCGCAGUUGUCAGGUAAACCUCGAGCGCGUCGCGCGGAGCCUCGCGUCUUUAUAUAUACAACAACGAAAUAUUUCGAUGCUCUCCAGUGCCCGCGGUUGACAGCUUCUUCGUGCGUGCGUGCGUGCGUGCGUGCCCGUCCCCGCGCCUCUGUUAUACCUUGGACACGCUGCAGUGCGUGUGUGCAUCGAGUCGUCACUUUUGUCCCUUCGGACCACAAGUGCACAGUGCAUAGCUGAUGUAAUUUUUGCAACACGCACACACACACACACACACACACACACUCGACGAAUCUAACUGUACGCGUGUGUAUUAGAUUCGACUGACCCAACCGCAUAUAUAUUAUAUAGUGUGUUUACGUUGGCCGAUCGUUAGCGCGAGUCCAUCGCGAAGCGCGUUCUACAUUAUAUCAGCGAGUUCAAGAGACAACAACAAUAGAGCUACAUCAGCUUUGCACGAGCACCGAGAGAUAAGCCCUCCCCCCGAGGAUAAUGGUGAAUGUGAAGUGGCCCGAUUUUACAUCCUCGAUACCUGUUAAAAGUUCCAGCGGUAGCCGCACUUAUAAUCAGCUCUAGUGUUUUGUGCUUUUCAUAUGCAUAAUAAUAUACACGAGAGAAGUGAAGGGUGCACUCUCGCACAAGCACACAUACACACACGAACGCGAGCGCACGCCUCAGCCGUGCCGUAAUCAACGCCGUGUACGUAUAAUACGAUAUACAAUAUAUAACACUCGAGAGAGCGAAAGGAUUCGAGAUUCGUCGCGUUCCUCGAUGCUGUGUUAUUAUUGUCAAACGAAAUAACGCGCUCGCGUUGUAUUAGAAAUUGUGUUGCGCGACAUUUCCCCAAAAAAAUAAACGUCACGAGUGUCUCUUCGUCUAGACGAAAAAAAGAAAGAGAGCGAUCGUAUCGAUACCUUGCGCAAGACUACAGUUUGGUAAUAAAAACUCGUCUCGUAUUUUUCGGAAGCCCAGGCUGAGCUUGGAUUAGUUUUUCAUCGUCAUCGUCAGUCACAAGAUACACGAGCUACAGGAAGGAUCGGAGAAAAAAGAAAGAAAGGAAAAGAAAUUGAUGUGCGCGCGCGUAUGUCAUCAUCGCAGCAGUGCGGAUUAUUAUACACGAGUAUAUAUGAGAAGCGCGUGCCCGAGUGACCGAAAACACUAAAUGAUGCAUCUGUACUGCUGGCAUGCAGCUGCUGGGUUUUCGUACAUCUACUCGGAGACUGGAUUCGUUCGACGGUGCUUCGACUCGUGAUACUGUAUACUACUCGUGUAACGGUGUGCGUUGGUGACUGUGCGCGUGUUAAAACUGUGCGCGAGUGUGAAUUUUCUAACCUAGAGUGUGAAACACUUUGAUAUCCUCGGACGAACUAGGAUAAGGGUGAACAAAAAAGGAAUCAGUGCAGCGGCUUGAUAGACCGCGGGUGUUACAAAAAUGACGGAUCUACUGCUACCGGCGUUCCAAGCCGUGGUCGGCUCGCCGCCCGGCGGCAAGUCCGAGGUCGUGUUCCGCACCCCCGGCGGCGCCGGCCAGCUGUUCCGCAACAGCGAGAUGCGACACUCGCGCAGCGAGGACCUCCUCCAGCAGGCGGCGGCAGUCCCGCGCAGCCCCUCGCCCUCCAACGCCAAAGCAGCAGGUGGAGGUGGAGGCGGAGGAGCCGCGGGACCAGCACCUCUGCUGGCGAAUCAGGCGGUGUCCGAGGACGACCUGCACGCGGCGAGCUCGCUCGAUCCGCCGCUGCGAGGUCCAUCGGCGGCGGUCGCGGCCAGCCUGGUCCUGAGGGCGGCCGGCGGCCCGGCGGGUUCGUCGCCCGGACUGCUGGCCGACCGAGUCGAUCCCGAAGAUUCCAUCAGAGACAUCGUCACGGAGAACGAUUUGUACAGAUUCGUCCUGUUCAAGAGGCACUACGACAAGUACGUGGCGCUGGCUGCCAGAUACGAGGAGGCAAGAGGUCUGGCUUAUUACCUCGAGGAACGCUACCACGAAGUCAAGGCGGAAAGAGACAGACUGGAGGAGACGCGGGAGCAGCUCGAGCGCCGGCUCGAGGGCUGCGAGGCCGAGCUCAAAGACAAGGAGGAGGAGCUGUUCUCGCAGCUGGAGCGCAGCCUGAGACUCGAGGACGAGGCGGAGCGCGCCCGGGCGGAGCGCGAGGCCUGCCAGGCCAGACGAGAGCGGCUGGAGCGCGAGCAGGCGGCGACGCUGCGACAGCUGCAGCUGCAGGCCGCCGAGAACGAGAUCACCCGGAGAUCGCUGGAACGAGCUCGCCAGGAGGUCAUCAAGCAGGCCACGGCCAUCAGGCUCGAGAAGGACGCUCUCGAACAAGAGAACGAGGCGCUGAAGAACAAACUGCGCGCCGAGCAGGACGAGCUCGGGGCCGAGCGCCGUCGCAACGAGGAGGGCGUAGCCGCGCUGGCCCACGAGGCCAACUCGCUGAGGCACGCGGCGCGACACCUGCGAGCCGCGGCGCUGCACGCGACCAAUUGCCGGCGAAGACGCAGGUGCUCCGUGUGCGCCUACGCGCGCCGCACCUUCCAGGACGUCGACGACUUUCGCGAGGACGGCAAGCUGUUCAAAUGCCUGCAAGCUCCGCUUCAAGAUCUGCGCACGUGGCUGCGUCCGAGCUCGCCGUCCUCGACGAUCGGCAUCGUCGGCGCCGCCAGUCCCGCGUCCUCGGACGCUCUGCGCACGAGUUCGCCCCUGGAUCGCGGCAUGAGCUUCAUCGACGACGAGGCUACCAGUAUUUCCGACGACGAGGUCUACUCCAACGAGGUGGUCAACAACGAGGCGUCGUUGUCGUCCACCGUGUCCAGCGCCCCGCCGGCCGUUCGAGCCUUCUCAUCAGAUUCUGGAUUCUCAUCGGAGACGGGCGAUCGGCGAUCUCGCUCUUACGAGUGCGGCGGCAGCAGUCGCAAAAUCAGCGAGUCGUCGGUCAGCGAGGCCGGCGACGUGGCCGCCACCGCCAACGGCGCACUGGCGAGGCCCGGCAGCAACUUCACGCGCUCCCGGUGGACGUCGUCGUUUCGCAAGCUCCUGGGUCGUAAAUCAAAAGCGCCUAAGCAGUCGCACGAGACUGACGAGGCUUGAAUCUUCUUCUUCUUCUUCGUUCUUGUUCGUGAAUUUUCGUUUAUUUGGUACGAGGUUGACGUAUUUUCAGAUGACUCGUAUAAAGAGAUUCGUGUAAAUUAUUUUUAACAAUCGAGAGGCAGUCGACGCGAGUUGUGUCUCGUUUAUUUUGUUACUUUGCAGCGUUUCGCGUCUCCCUUAGAUUUAUUGUUGCCUCGACAAAAUCGUUCAAAGUUUACUUAAAUUAUUAGCGGUGUAUCGUGCAUAAGUAUGUCAAUCAUUGUUUUUUUUUUCGUCAUUUAUCCAACUGCUAAAAUACUGAUUUUUUAUUAAUUUAGAAAAAUUCUUCCAAGCUUUUAUUCUUAGAGACCGUGUUUGCUUACUUUUAUAUUUUCAAAGAUGCUUUGAAAAGGGCAAAGCUGCACAUUCAGUAUUCAUUAUUUUAGUAAAGAGUAAAUAUUCAAUUACAUUUGUCAAAAACAUUAUCGAGACUGAUUUUAUUGUUACUUGAUGCCACCGGUUAAACUAUCCUAAACAUCGAUUUACCCAAAAAUUUAAAAACCAAGGGUGAAGAUUAUUAUAUGAUAAUUUGUAAAUAAUGCCUAUGUAAUUCAAUAUUUAAUCGAAUUUUAGAGCUUAGAAUAAUGUUUAUAUUUGUACCUCGUACCAAGUUACUCUUCUAAUCAAUGAUGACAUCUUAGAAGUUUAAAACAAAUUCAUUCUGAAAAAUUGUUACUCUUCGUUUAUCUGAAUUGAUAUAAGUAUCAACUUGAUUUUUGAUUUAAUUCAAUUUCGUAAAGUAAAAGAAACUUUCAAUUUUUUGGUUUGAAACAACUGUGAUAACAAAAGAGAUUGUUGUGCCGAAGAAAAAAUAAUCAACAGGACACGUGAAUGAGUCCUUCAUGUGAUGACAAUUGCAAUGUUUCCUAUUGUAAUUGUUUAUUUGAUUUCUAAAGGAAUGGGAUGUCCAUAUGACAUGCCGCAUUCAUUUUGAAAGAAAAAUGCCAAACAAAAUAUUCGUCCGAUGUGUGAGUAAAUGAGCAUGGGUUCCAAAAAUGUAUUAUGAUCAAACUUAUUAUUUUUGUAUAUUUUCUUAUUAUUUUUCCACGGCAUUUCUUUUGCUACUGUUGCUCAAUAAACUUCGCAGAGUCAUGAUUUUUCUUGUAACAUGACCAUUUGUAUUAUAGAUUUUUCUGCUAUUAACUUAAUUAUAGAUAAAACUGCCAGAUUAGAAAAAAAAAUUUAAAGAACACUUCAAAAAGUUCUAUUAUCUAAGAUCAUCACAAGAAUCACUUGUAAUAUUAGAGUUAUAAAUUCAGUAAGAAAAAAUGAUUUGGAACAAAAUUAUAUUGAAUGUCUUUUGGUAGAUUGUAAGAAGACUGUUGAAUUCAAACUUGUUAUAGUACUUAAUUACAUUAUGACUUUAAGUACGUGUUUAUAUGUAAAUGUUUAUUUAAAUGUACUAUGUAUAUUGUUAUAAAAAAUUCGUUUUGUGUUCUUGAAAUUAUCCUGAAAAAAUCUAAUCAGCAUCUUAUGCAAAAUUUGCUUAAUUUGUUAGUAUGUGAAAAAGAUGUAUUCGUUAUGAAAUUGUACAUGAGCUUUUCCAGCUACUUGGAAUGUAGCUCCUUGAUUCCAAUUUAUGUAGAAUUUUAUAAUCAGAGUGAAUCUGUAUUAAUGAAACGUACAUGCCUUGAACAGCAAAGAUUCUCAUUUUUUAUUAAACGUCAGUUUCUGAUUCGUGCCUUAGUGUUGUCACUCAUAAAAGUAUGAAUUUAAGUAAAAACAUCUUUAAAAUGAUAUCAAUUACUCUUACGAAUUAGUAUAAGUAUCAAUGAUGUAAAGAUGCUUUUCUUGUCAAUACAGUUAAGAAUUUGUGUAUGAAUUGAAUUUUAUAAAUGUUACCGAUUGAGUUGUUUACACAAUCUAUGCAUCUUCAAAUCUGUAUAAAUAAUGAAUUGUUUAUAUAAAAUGAAAUAGAAGUA